GUGAUGAGUUUGUUAUUUUCUCUUCUUCUUCAUAGAAAUAGGAGAAAAAAAUUGUCAAUUUACUUUAUACUCCCUCCGUUCCAUUAAACACUUCCUCUUUCGAUUUUUUUGUUUUCCACAAAACACUUCCAUUCCACACUUUUUUCCCAAAAUACCCCCAGCCCUAAAAGACUACCAUCCCACCCAUACCCAGCCCUUUACUGACACAUAUCGUCUCUCUCUCUUCCCUAAACCCUAUCCUCACCUACGCCGAUCAAAUUUUCCAUGACCUCAUCCCCUCCUUCUCCAGAUCUGGACUGGGAUAUGCCUUCCUUUCGCCUUCUAAGUGAAAGCGAUGAAGAUGUUCGACCUCCUAAGCACAAGAGGGUAUGUUUUCCAGGAUACAACCCUGAUGCAUCUGAUUCUUCUGACACCGAUCCGUCUUGGAACUACCGGAAGAAAUACCUUGGGGGUGAUCAUCUUCCGGACGGUGUUGAGUGGAAUUCAGAUCUAGACGAAGGGGAUUCAGAGGUUGAUUCAUUCACCACCGAAGAGAUUGGAGGAAUGACCUCUGAUACGGAAAUUUUCUUUGCCAAACCCGUUGGAAGUCCAAUGAAGCUCAUGCAAUUUGAACAGAGUAAAGUGCUUCAAUCCUCUGUUCUUUAUGAAUUUUGUAUUGCCUCUGUUUCUGUAAACCCUUCAUGCUCUGAUUUUGGGGAAAAAUUACGAAGGGUUAAAGCCCCUGUUGUUUAUGCAGUGUUGUCUUCGUAAAGUAAAAUUUCUUGUUUCUU